AUGACGAGCACGCCCGCCGAGACCGCCUCCGAGCCGGUCAUAGCAUUGGAGAUGAUGGACUACGAUGUCGCUGUUCUGACUACUGAGCACCGGCCGAACUCAACCCCGUCUCCGUCAUCGUCAUCACAAGUUGCUAUCUCGGAGUCGCCUGCCAGCGAACUCGCCGUCAAGCAUGAAGAUGACGAUCUCGAUCUCAGGUCCUUCGCAAAUCUCCACAUCGCUAUCGACAAGACCCCGACUGACAAUAUCUUCUUUUUUAAGAGGAUGACCGACGCCGGCCCUCGUUUCGACGCGCUGAUGGAGGUCGGUCGUGGAGAGCUGCUUCCUGGCUCGGAGUACAAUAUCGAGAACGGCAUGUGGGAGGUCCAUGACGGCCUCUACGUGCUUCGGAAGACCGGUCCCUCCUUCAAGGUCCUGCAAUCGAUCGGAAAAGCCCAGUAUGAGGCCGGCAGGUCGUGGCACAAGGCCAAACACAUCUUCAGCCUCAAAACCUGCGCGUUCCUCGCCAACCGCGACGCGUCUGGCUCGCUCCACGUCCUGUGUCUCUGCAUCAGCGGAGACAGAUUCAAGCUGGUCGACCCUAACAACGCCGAUGUCCUUCACAACCCGAGAUGGACACGUCGUGUGAAGGAAAUUGCCAAGCUUCUGGACCUGAAGAUGGGCUCCCCUUACGAUAGCCAUGGAAAGAAGGCGACGGCCCAAGACGUGGGGGACUGGGCUGCGGGUCAUACCGAGAAGAAGCUGUCGGCAUUUCUUGUGUAUGCGUUGCUCCAGGCUUACGGCUGUCGCACCCACAGGAAGGUCACUAUCCACGACCUCCGCAGCUUGAGGAAGACUCUGCGAGCGAAGGGCAUCGCGCCGCGAUUCGAGAUUCACCUGACGCGGGCGCCUUGUGGCACCCCCAAAAAGCCCGGCAAGUGCGUUGCUUUCGUCCAGCGACUCAGCCAUUUGACAGGAGUAGAGGUUACCAUCAACUACUGGGAACAAAAUGUCAUUCUCGACGGCACCGUUCCCCCUAGAACUAAGAAGAAGGCGUCAGACUUCCAAGGAAACGGCAACGAGCAUGGCGGUGGCGAUGACGACCACGCCAGCGACUCAGAGGAGGAGGACCUGCAGACUCAUCUCGCAGAAAAGUACCCCGACGACUGGGGCCUGAUCGUGCGGGACGGUUUCGACGAAGUCAACGAAGACGAUGCCUCAUCUCGCCACUCGUCGCCUUUCCCACAGCAAAUCAUCUCUCCAGAGGCUGUGCAGAACUUCCGCAAGAAGAUCAGUGAGAAGUUCAAGCGCGCGCGAGACGACAUCACGAAGCCGUACCCUCCUACGCCAGUAUGGGAAGAUAUCACUCAGUCCAACAAUUUCCACCCGAAGCAAGCGUCGACAAGUUUCUACUUCAACGACGAUACUCCCUCCGAGGGUGACACUCCUACUUUAGCAGACCUGAAGCUCCGGAAGAACCGCGCAGCCAAGGCCGAGGCGAAAGAAGCUCGCAAGCAGAAGAAGCGCGAAGCACGGGAGAAAGCUGCCGCCGCCGCCGCCGUCGCAGCCUCAGCCAACAACAACGCCGCCAAUGUCAACGCCGCCGCGAACAGCAGUUCCCCCGGUGCCCCAGGGGCCUCUGUUAUUGCAGGUCGCCUGGGGGCGCUGGCGCACUCCAGCCAGCGGAUUGGUUGA